AUGGGGAACUGCCAAAACUGUUUGUAACAAGAGUAGGAGCAAGUGGAAAUUCAAAUCAACAACCACACAGAGGAGGAAGUGUAAGCACCUUGUGAAUAACCUCCUUUAUUAAAUUUAGAUGUGAAAACUUGGUAAAAAGAAUCUUACAGUCUUUACGAUUAUGAGAAUAACACAUUUAUUCACUCUUAGCAAAUCCCUAUAAAUGGCACUAGCUAUCUUACUUGCAAAGCUCAUAAAGUUUAAUAUAAUGAAGGGAGCUACUCCAAAAAUAAGUAAGCGUUGUGGUUAUUUUUAGUGAUAACAACGACGAAAUACUCCUUCUUCCACUUGAAUAUGAUAACGAAUCCUUCCAAUUAGUAAAUUUGCGCUUCAACAAGAGACUCUAAACUCAAGAACUUGCCGAAGACUAUCAAAAAGAAGUAUUCAUUCCCCAUCGAUAUCUCAUUAGGAAGGAGACAAACUUUUAUCUGAAAACUAAACCAUUCACGCAGACUUUCAAAUGAGUUUUAAUAUACAGAAAUUAAGAACCAACACUAAUCGGCCAUCUCCUAAUGAGCCUAAGGGUUCCAAGAUUUGGUUGGUUACUAGAUCUAUUUAAACUAACAGCAUUAACGAAGGGUUGGUGCUCAAGAUUGGAGAUGUGAUUAAAUUAGGAAGAGUUAAAUUAAUUAUUAAGGAAAUUCAAUUACAACAUGAAACUAAUUAAGAUUAAUUGAAUGAAGAAUCCAUCUGUUCAAUUGGAGAUAAAAAUGAAUUUACAAAACAAUGUCGAAUCUGUCUCUCUACUGGGGAAUCCACUCUAAAUCCAUUAAUUGAUCCUUGCAAAUGCUGUGGAAGUACUAAAUAUGUUCAUAUCAAUUGCUUGCUUAGAUGGUAUGAAAUCUUAUUCUAUUUCGUUUAGGAUUCAACAAAGUUCUCAUUUUAAUAGCAAUGCCUACUGCACUAGAUUUAUUUGGAAAUCUUUGGAAUGUGAAAUAUGUAAGUCUGUCUACCCUCCAGUUUUUGAGAGGAAUGGAAAAUAAUUCGACCUAAUUGAAUUAAGCAAACCUAAGGAUAAACCGUUUAUCAUCAUGGAAUUCCAAAAAAAGAGGCAAAAUGAAAGUCCUCAAUCAACUGAUAGUAAUGGAUUGUAUAUUGUGAAUUUUGGUUCAAAAAAAGAACUCAAAAUUGGGAGAAAUCAUGAAGUGGAAAUCAGUAUUGCUGAUAUCAGUGUUAGCAGAGAACACGCUCAUAUUAAAUUAGUUGAUAAUAAAAUUAUCUUAUCAGAUAAGAGAUCCAAAUUUGGAACUUUGGUGCUCUUAUAAAGAAAUAUCACCCUCACUCCACAAUUAUCCGGAUUAGAAUUGCAAAUCAAACGUACUCUGAUUAAAUUGAAUAAUAACUUAAUAUCUUAAACAAGUCAGAAGCAAAGAGAUUUUGAAUUAUACUUAGGAAGAAAUGAAUGAUAC